AUGACAAGCAACGCUGCCGAAAGCUUCAACAAGGUGACAGAAGAAUUCAGAAAAUAUCCAGUAACUAUUUUGGUUGACUUCAUCAGGUUCACACUUCAAAAUUGGUUUGCUUCUCGUCUCGAAAAGGCUAGUAAGUGCGCUACUCCUUUGGCUACUACUUUUGAAAAUGAUUUAAAGGAUCAACACAAAGAUGGUAUGUUCAGGAGUGUCCUUCGUAAUGGUGCCCAAUUGUUCAACGUUGGUACGAGUCCUCAAGGUGAGAGAGGUGGUGAUGUGAACUUAGUGGAGAGAACAUGCACUUGCGGACUUUUCCAAAUGCUGAAAAUCCCUUGUCCACAUGCAUGUGCCGCAGCAGUUAGUCAGAAUGUGAGCGUGUACACACUUUGCUCUCCAUAUUACACUAAAGAAACGUGGAAGAAAACCUACGAUGCCACAAUUAAUAUUGUUGGCGAGGAGGAUGAGUGGGUACUACCGGAACAUAUCAAGAACAUAAGAAUCGGGGUACCAGUGGAGAAAAAACCAGUAGGUCGGCCUAGGAAGAGCAAUGCAGGUAGAAGACCGACGAAGCGUCGACCGUCUAGUGGUCAGGUGGUAGUGGAACCUCGUCAUUGUUCGCUAUGUCACGGUUCAGGGCACAACAGAGCUACAUGCAAAGCUCGAGUUUGA